CCGCGAACUUGGAAAAUGGCUGCCGUUACAGUGCCUCCGAGGUGGCGGGCUUUUAUUCAUUUAAUGGUAUUUGUAUGGGCUGUUUAUGUAGUUAAUAGAAACUGCUCUCUCGCAAUUACCAAGCGGCAUCCCGGGGUCAACUCAUACGGAGGACGAUGGAAAUAUUUAACUUUCAUCAAUCUUGUUAUGCAGGCAUUGUUUUUUGGACUUUGUUGUUUGAUUGAUAUGAUCCAUCAACUAUUUUAUGCCCCUCACGGCAGAUGUCCAAAAUUUCUCAUUAAAACACAAGAUAUCUUCUUCACUGUGUUUGUGUUCCCAGUUGGGACGUUUGUAUUUAUCUCUUUUUGGUUCCUAUAUGCCAUUGACCGGGAACUGGUUUAUCCUAAACAUAUAGACAGCAUUAUUCCUCUGUGGCUCAAUCAUGCAAUGCACACAGUCAUCAUGCUCCUCCUUUUGAUAGAGCUGUACCUUCAACCUCAUCAAUAUCCCAGAAGAAUGAAAGGUCUUAUGGGCCUGGCACUCUUUUCUGCUCUCUACUUGGCCUGGAUCUUAUGGGUGCACCAGGCAUCGGGGAUUUGGGUAUAUCCCAUUCUGGCCCAUCUAAGCCCUGUGAAGAUGGUUCUCUUCUUUGCUGCCUCUGCACUCUUCAUGGCUCCCCUCUACCUGCUGGGGGAGAAGCUUAGCCACAAAUACUGGGGUGAUGUAGGGUCACAGAAGAAGAAGUAAGAGACCAUCUGCCGUAGGAGGUGGUGUAUGCUUGGUACCGCGGAGGGCUUUCCUGUUGUGCAGAAUGUCUACACCAAGCAAGUAAUUGUAUCUCUGUGACAAGACUUUAAUAGAGAGACUUGAUCACUGUGAGAAGAUCAGCAGACUAGGACACCAUGCUGUCAGGUCAAAAAAAAAAUCUGAUACUCUUUUAAGGUUGUGAGAUGUACCAGCUCUACAUCACAGUAUCUGUCACCUUGGAUCAUGAUUUAAGCCAGUGGACAAAUACCAUUUCUGCAAAUUGAUUUUCAAAAAGCCUUUUAAAGAUGUUUGGGCUUAUGGUACGAUGAUGUACUAUAAUAUGUAUAAUAAUGACAUUUUUGAACAAAAUUUAGAAACUACUGUUUUAGAAAAAAACUGCAGCAUCUCAUUUAUUAAACUGCUUUACAUACAGUACAGUACAUCUUAAGUGCAAUGAAUUCCUUCACUAGAUUGAAAUAUGAAUUACAAAAUGCAAGCUAAUGGUUUUAUUCAAAUUCAAACUCCUUUACUAAUAUCCACAAAGCUUUUAAUUGUAGUUUCACUUUGCCUAGAUAGGUAUCGUUUAUUCACUUUAUGGUUUCGAUUUAAUUUUCAUGAUUUCCAUUCUGAGGCUGUAUUCUCAUGUGUAAUAAAGACUUUUACACGUGC